AUGCCCUCGCUCGACAAACGGCACCGCAAGAAGCAGCGCGUCGCCGACUCGGACGGCGACGCGUCCGACGCCUCUGCGCCCGACCACCGCGAGCCCGACACGCAGGCGCGCCGCAACGACGCCAUCCUCGCCAAGGUCGACCCGGAGUACCGCAACACGCCCGUCGACCUGCGCCAGGGCGAGUCCAAGCUGCGCCUCGUCGCCUCGCAGCUCACGACAGUCAAGAAGCGCGUCGCAGAGACGGUCGGCGCCCUGAGCGACGUCGCAGGCGAGUGGGCUCAGGCGCUCGCAGAGGCCCACCGCGACGACGAGUACGACGAGGACAGCAGGAUCGCUGCCCUCCUUGCCGAUGACACGAUCUCGCAGCUCGACAAGGACGUGCGUAGCGCCAUCGAUCGCGACGCCGAGCUCGAGAUCCGCGUCGCGACCCUGAGCGACCUGCGCGGCCGCCUCAGCCAAGGGCACCAGCUUCGCGACGUCAACAAGGAGUACGAGCAGCGCGUGCAGCCCAAGCUCGACGAGUACCGCAGCAAGACGCCCCGGCAGCGGUUCGAGAACCUCAAGACGUACAACGCCUUCCGCAACCUUGUCUGGGAAACGUUCACCGACGGCGCCGGCGUGCCCAACGUCAAGAAGUUCCUCCCGCGAGAGGACGGCGACGAAGACUCGGACGACGAGGACGUCGAGUUUGGCGCCCAGACGCACUCGUUCACGUGCCCGAUCACGCUCGCGACGCUCGAGGACCCGUACACGUCCACCGUCUGCCCGCACUCGUUCUCCGGGCCCGCCAUCAAGGAGAUGCUCUCUGGCGACGCGAGCGGGCGCGUCGGGUGCCCCGUCACGGGCUGCGACAAGGUGCUGUCGGCGGGCACGAUCGCGCGCGACGAGGGUUUGCGCAGGCGCGUCGCGGCGUACGAGCAGAGGGUGCGCGAGGGGAGGACGCAGCAGGGCGGGGCGACGCAGGGGAGGACGUUCGUCCAGAUGGACUUGGACUCGGAGGAGGAGGAGGGGGACGAGGACGAGGCCGAGGAGGAGCGCGUGGCGGCGGUCAAGAAGGUCAAGCGGGAGAAGGGCAGGGCGGCUUGA